CAACGUCUACUAAGGGAUCAGUUUCCUACAAUUGAUGGACUAAAUUCUCCUCUGGUGGGAAUGUCUCCUGGGGGAUUUACAGCAGCCACAAACAGUGCCGUUCAGAUACACAACAACGAACAGCAUCAUUGGCUCACCUCCACUGCAGGAGUUAUAGAAAGCUGUGCCCAUGUAUACGUAUAUGACAGUCUGUCAUCGGGUAGUCUAGGACGUGCCCUUUGUAGGCAGCUUGUUGAUAUUUACAGGCUUCUGGCUGACAAGGAUGGCAAAAUUGAUGUAGCCAUCAAAGCAGUGCAGCAGCAGUUACGUGGGGAGGGAAACUGUGGCCCCUUUGCUUUGGCUUUUGCUACAGCAUUGUGUCAUGGAAUUGAUCCCAGUACUGUAUCUUUCUCUGAGCGUUCUCUAAGAAAACACCUGCACUUUUGUUUUCAGUCGGGUACUCUCACUUGCUUUCCUCAAGUUAGCCGUACAACAAGAUCUACUGAAGUAAAGACGGCAAUCAGCAUCCAUUGUCUGUGCUACUUGCACCUUCCUGGGAAGCAAAUGGUCCAGUGUGAUGACUGUGAGAACUGGUAUCACCUGGACUGCGUUAGUUCAUCUUCAAACGGUGUGGCGAAUGCGGCCAAAAUUUCCCAACAACCAACUUGGCACUGUCAAGAGUGCACAAAGAGACAGAACUAGCAAUGAUUGAGUCGUGUGUAUUGUCUAGUUUAGAUGUCUGUCUGUCUGUCUGUAUGUAUGUAUGUAUGUAUGUAUGUAUGUAUGUAUGUAUGUCUGUUUAUCUGUCUGUCUGUCUGUUUUUCCAUUAGUUUAUCUAGGGUUUGUUUGCUUUUACAAGUUUCUAGCAUAUGUAUACAAGUAGAGUGUAUAUGAGAAUAAAGUAUCUGUCUGUCUG